CCAAAUGAGAAACAAGAGGGUGUUCUUCUUCGUUUUGUUCUGCUUCUUCUUCUCGGUGGAACUAAGCAGAGGACAAAACAACAAAAGAACCGAAGUCAAUGUUGGUGUUGUAACAGAUGUUGGAAUAAUGCAUUCGGACAUCGAAAUGCUCUGCAUCAACUUGUCUCUCGCCGAUUUCUAUUCUUCUCGUCCCCAAUUUCAGACAAGGCUUGUCGUCAGCAUUGGUGAUUCCAAAGACGACGUGGUUGGUGCCGCAGCUGCAGCUCUUGAGUUGAUAAAGAACAAGCGAGUGAAAGCCAUUGUGGGGCCAUGGACAUCUAUGCAAGCUCAUUUCUUAAUCGAAAUUAGCCAAAAAUCACAGGUUCCGCUUGUUUCCUACUCUGCGAUAAGCCCAUUUCUUACCUCUCUCCGUAGUCCAUACUUCUUCCGUGCUACCUAUGAGGACUCCUUUCAAGUAAACGCCAUAAAAGCUAUCAUAAAGUUGUUUGGUUGGAGAGAAGCCGUUCCAGUUUACAUCGACAACACCUUUGGAUAAGGUAUAAUGCCUCGUCUCACCGAUGCAUUACAAGAGAUCAACGUUCGAAUACCUCAUAGAUCUGUUAUCGCUCUCAAUGCAACUGACGCUGAAAUCUCUGUGGAGCUUCUUAAGAUGAUGACCAUGCCCACAAGAGUCUUUAUUGUCCACAUGUACACUGCUCUUGCCACAAGAUUCUUCAUUAAAGCUAAGGAGAUUGGCUUGAUGAAACCAGAAUAUGUCUGGAUCCUUACCAAUGGAGUAACUGAUGAUUUAAGUUUGAUGGAUGAGAAGGGAAUCGAGGCUAUGGAAGGGGUAUUGGGUGUUAAGACUUAUAUUCAGAAAUCCGAAGAUCUCGACAAGUUUAGAGCUCGAUGGAGGAAGAGAUUCCCACGAAUGGAUCUGAGUGUCUAUGGACUAUGGGCUUAUGAUGCUAUCACCGCACUGGCGAUAGCCAUUGAAGAAGCUGGAACAAAUAACUUGACUUUCAGUAAUGCGAAUGCUGGGAGAAAUGUAUCUGAACUUGAACCUCUUGGUUUAUCUCAAUACGGUCCUCAGCUUCUCCAGACUCUCUCAAGAGCUCGGUUCAAAGGACUAGUAGAAGAUUUCCGCUUUGUCAAAGGGCAACUGCAACCAUCUGUGUUUGAGAUUGUUAACGUUGUUGGAACCGGAGAAAGAUCAAUAGGAUGGUUUAUCUACUUGGGUGAAAACCGAUCUCAACAGAAACUUUUGUCAUGGAGACUUUGGGUGACUUCUUUUUGCUUCUUUUUCCUUAUUGGCUUUACUGUUUGGGUCCUUGAACAUAGGGUUAAUCCGGAUUUUCGUGGACCGGCUAAUUACCAAGCUAGUACCAUCUUCUGGUUUGCCUUCUCUACCAUGGUUUUUGCUCCAAGAGAAAAAGUGUACAGCUUCGGAGCAAGGAUCCUGGUUAUCACAUGGUACUUCAUCGUCCUCGUGUUGACUCAAAGCUACACAGCCAGUUUGGCGUCGCUACUAACAUCACAAGAGUUUUAUCCAACCAUAACGAGCAUGAGAAGCUUGCUUGAGAGAGGAGAAACAGUGGGUUAUCAGAGAACAUCAUUCAUCCUUGGAAAGCUUAAAGAAACAGGUUUCUCGCAUUCUAGCCUUGUGCCCUUUGAUACCGCUGAACAAUGCGAUGAACUUAUGAGAAAAGGAGAAAAAGGCGGCGUCUCUGCAGCUUUCUUGGAAAUACCUUACUUGAGACUCUUUCUAGGACAAUAUUGCAACACUUAUAAAAUGGUUGAAGAACCCAUAAAUGUUGAUGGAUUUGGCUUUGUUUUUCCAAUUGGAUCACCUCUUGUAGCUGAUGUUUCAAGGGCUAUCUUAAAAGUUGCAGAGUCACCUAAGGGGAUGGAGCUUGAGCGGGCAUGGUUCAAGAAGAAAGAAGAAAGUUGUCCAGACCCAGUCACCAAUCCAGAUCCAAAUCCAUCUUUUACCUCUAGGCAGCUUGGCCUAGACAGUUUCUGGCUUCUGUUUCUUAUUGCGUUUGUUAUCUGCGCUCUAACACUCGGCAAAUUCACAGUCUGUUUCCUAUGGAACAAUAGAGAUAAUAGGUGGCAAAGGCUUCACCAACAAGACAAUGAUUCGUACAUCAACAACGUAGAGAUGUGUCCUUGUUCGUUAAAUCAAAGCAUCCCUCGGAAUCCGGCGAAUCCGGCACCGGCAGCAGCAAACUAGACAAACAAUCGUUAAGACACUAGU